GUUGGCGGGCGGACGAUGGCGUCGGAGCCGGUGGCGCGCGCGGUGGCGGAGGAGGUGGGGCGGUGGGGGAGCAUGAAGCAGACCGGGGUGAGCCUGCGGUACAUGAUGGAGUUCGGGUCCGUCCCCACGGAGCGCAACCUGCUGCUCUCCGCGCAGUUCCUGCACAAGGAGCUCCCCAUCCGCAUCGCCCGGCGCGCGCUCGAGCUCGACUCCCUCCCCUUCGGCCUCUCCGCCAAGCCCGCCAUCCUCAAGGCUGGCGGACGGAUGUUUUCGUGUUGGGAAAUGGAAUGUGAAGAAGAUACUUGUCACUCUGUGAGGGACUGGUAUAUGGACUCCUUCCGCGACAUCCGAUAUUUUCCAGAGGUGAAGAACCGGGACGACGAGCUUGCUUUCACGCAGAUGAUUAAGAUGAUCAAAGUGCGGCACAAUAAUGUGGUUCCGACAAUGGCUUUGGGAGUGCAGCAGCUGAAAAACGAGCAGUUCAGCUCAAGGAAGCUUCCCCCAGGAUUCGAUGAGAUCCACGAGUUCCUUGAUCGGUUUUACAUGUCAAGGAUUGGUAUUCGCAUGCUGAUAGGGCAGCACGUGGCUUUGCAUGAUCCUGAGCCAGAGCCCGGUGUCAUAGGCCUCAUUAAUACAAAAUUGUCCCCCAUACAGGUAGCUCAAAUUGCUAGUGAGGAUGCACGUUCCAUUUGUUUGAGGGAAUACGGGUCAGCACCGGACAUCAAUAUUUAUGGAGAUCCUAAUUUUACAUUUCCAUACGUCGCAUCACAUCUUCAUCUCAUGCUGUUUGAGCUGGUGAAAAAUUCCCUUCGUGCUGUACAGGAAAAAUACAUGAAUUCUGAUAAAGAUGUCCCUCCUGUCAGAAUUAUAGUUGCUGAUGGAACAGAGGAUGUUACUAUUAAGGUGAGUGAUGAAGGUGGUGGAAUACGAAGAAGCGGCCUCCCUAGAAUUUUCACAUAUCUUUACAGCACCGCUAAAAAUUUACCUGAUAUAGAGGGCCCUAGUGAAGGCGUAACUAUGGCUGGAUAUGGUUUUGGACUUCCAGUUAGUCGCCUUUAUGCACGAUAUUUUGGUGGCGACUUACAAAUAAUAUCCAUGGAAGGAUACGGCACUGAUGCUUACCUCCACUUGUCACGGUUGGGAGACUCGGAGGAGCCCUUGCCCUAGUGACCUCUCUGAUCUGAUACAACAUCUGUAAUUAGGUUGCUGCUUAUUGUAAUUUAUGCGCUGGUUUGCAAAUAUUGCUUCAAGGGCCAGCCAUCCAUAGCUGUUAACCUUGUUAUCUUCUAGCUACAAUGCUUUCAUCAUUUCAGUUUUUUUUUGUGUGCCUCUGUUGCAUAGUUUGGCACUGUUUCUCAUGAGCACAAUUUUCUGCAGUACAUAGUUUCAGACUCGCAGGGUAACCACAGAUGCUAUCCUACCCAACAAAAAAUAUUUACUUUGUAAUUAGCAAUAUUAGGACUAGAAGUUGUAUGUUGUAUGCUUUGCACGCAUCUCUUCAUGUCAUUAUGUGUCUU